GACACGCGUAAGGUUUCCCCUUGUCCAAAGGUAACUAUGGUAUCUCCUUGAAUCAGAUUCGUCUCUAAUAUUUCGUCGUUAUUUGGUUUAAUUGACCGGAAUUACAUGGGCAGUCUUAUGGAUAAAUUUAAUUUUAUUACAACGUCACCUUGGUCAAGUCGUUCCUGAUCUGACGUGGGUUUAAUGCGAUCGCUGGCUCGACUAAGGUUGAAGAUCAGCAGCCUCUGUAAUAAUCUAUCAUCAUGCCAGGAGAGCAGAUCUUUCUGGAGACUAAACCAGCAUUAGACAACAGCGAUGCCAAUGGAAACAACACCAAAAAAAGAAUUGGUAUCAUUACGACCGGGAUAAUAGGGGGGUCGUUGGUUGCCCUUUAUGCCGUGGCUGCACCGUUUGUUACACCUGCUUUAAGAAAAGUGUGUCUCCCGUUUGUACCUGCGACCACGACGCAGGUGGAAAACGUUUUCAAGGUGCUGGGGGCCAGGACGGGGACGCUGGUGGACAUUGGGAGUGGAGAUGGGAGAAUAGUAAUAGCAGCCGCCAAGCAUGGGUUUCAGGCAUCAGGCUUUGAGUUGAACCCCUGGCUGGUGUGGUACUCGCGCUACAAGGCCUGGAGAGAAGGAGUCCACCACUCUACCUCCUUCCACAUCUCUGAUUUAUGGAAGGUCAGUUUUGCACAGUAUUCGAAUGUGGUCAUUUUUGGAGUCCCUCAAAUGAUGGACCAGUUGGAGGAGAAGCUGGGUAAUGAGUUGCAGAGCACAGCCAAGGUGGUGGCCUGUCGCUUCCCAUUCCCUACCUGGGUUCCUGACCAAACUGCUGGGGAGGGCAUAGACACUGUCUGGGUAUACGAUGCCAAGACAUUUAAAUCACAGCAGCAAGGCGGGACAACAAAGACAUUAACAGAACAAGAGCACAAACCAAUAUCAACUACAUGGACACAAACAUCCAGCACUGGUUCCCACCAUCUUGUCAACAUAAACCGCAAACCAGACUUGGUUGAUUGACAUAGAAUAAGACUAACUUUAUUUAUUUACAUAGGGAAGUUGCUGAACUAGCUUAUUUGGAAUCUUUGCAAAUACAUUAAGGUUUUUGUCUUUUCUGAGCAAGUAGCCCAAAGUUGGUAUUUAUUAUGUACAUUGAACAUUGUAAAGCAUCCAUACUUUUACUUUUUGAACUGGAAAAAACAGGGGGGAAACUGUGUGACAUUACGGUAGUAGUCGUCUUAAUGGACCCAGUCUUCAUAAAUAUGAAUCAUUACCCACCCUCUGCGGAAUAGUUAUCAACAGCACCACAAGUCCCCAUAGGUCUGUCACCAGCUGCUGAUCAGAUAAUCCUCUCGCCAAAGUGUAAACCAGAAGUAGAGAUCUUCUGGCACUUUGAGGUUCGAUUAGGGGAGACAGGCAGUUAUGUAUAGCGUGAUUAACCGGUCAGGUGGCUUCCAAGAAAUUGUAUCUUUCCAAAAAUGUCAUUAAGAAAUCACACAGGGGGUUUCUGAGGAAUUGAAUGUAUUGACACCAAAGAAGACAAAAAAAACCAUGUCUGAUAGUUGAACUUGAUGUAGUCUCUUAUUUUUUAGAUUAAUGUAUGUACUGAUUUGUUACCAGGCAGAAAUUUAAGAGAGAAAAAAACCUACUUUAGGUCACGUAGUUGUCUAGAAUAUAAAAGAAGACCCACUCACAACUGGUGAUUUGGGGCUUUUUCCAUUUUGCUAAAGACCUUGUCCUCAUCAGUUGUGCAUGAUUAUACUUUAUUCCUUAAUUAUUUUCCCAUUUUAUGCUGCAUUAAUGCAAAAUAUAUUGUGUCCCUAUAAUUUUACUUAUUUGAUUUUCAUUUACUGUUCAGUUUAACAACAUUUUACUGAUAAUUUAUCAACUGUCAUUAGCAAUUCAUAUAUUAUUUCAAUUUAUGUUGUCUUUGUGCUCUAAAAAGAACCAACAAUUCUAAAAAUUUUACCUUUUUAAAAUUUUGCUAAA